UGGAGCACGGUGGUCUAGUGUUCAAGGGGACCACUUCAAUGAACUGUUUCACAAGAAAGGACAUUUCCUUUAGAAUAUGUGACCAAAUAAAUAAAUGCAUGGGCAGCUUGCUCGCGGUAUGGACUCAUCAGACGGACUGCUCCAGCUUCCCUGCAAAGUGUCCAUUGGAGCCCAUGAAGGAGAGAAUUGGCUUUGGAAACAGGCUUUGACCACCCAGUCCUGAUGUGUUUCAUCCUGAUUGUUGCAUAGGGAAGGGCAGGAAUGGCACUGCGAGCGUCUCCAUUUCCUAAUGGGUUUGUUGCAUGCCUCCAUGAUGUGGGAUGGGCUUUAAUCCUGCCUUGUUUCUGGUUUCUUGAUCGCCUCAUUGCUCUGUUAAAGUCCACCACCUUCGAGAAAAGCCAGCGAGUGGAGCAAGAAUGCUACCUCCACCCCCUCAAGGUUUUCUUUGGAUUUAUUCUCUUCUUCAUUCUUUUUCUUGCUACAGCACCCUUUGCCUUCCUGGGCUUUUUGCUCUGGGCACCACUGCAGGCCUGCCGAAGGCCAUUUUGCUACCACAGAGAGAUACCCUCCUCACCGGAGACAGAGAUACACAGGGGCUUUGAGUUGGUAGGAAAGGCAUCAUUUGGAUUCGCCACAGCCAACCUGUGUCUCUUGCCUGACGGCAUUGCUCGUUUCAACAAUUUGGGGCACACCCAACACAGAGCCGCAACAAUUGGUCAGCACAUUGUGCAUGGUGUGUGCAGACCGCAUAUUCGCAUCUUUGUUGACUCCCCCAGCAGUUGUGGUACUCUCAGUCCCUCCAACAGCAUACUACCAGCAGGUAACUCGUACACAUAUGGGGCUACGGAUAGACAGACACAGCCCCCAGUAGGUAAUCAUUCGGACUCAACUGAAGGACACGUUUCUAUCCCUAAGACUAAUAGUCAUGUAGUUUGUGAUCCCUGUGAUGAUACAAAAGAGCCCUCCACUGAGCCACCUUCAACCCUUUUUAAUUCAAAUCAGAACUCCAACCAGCAGGAUGGAACAGGGCACCGUAGUGCCCCCCGAGCUCUUCUCUCUCAGGGUCUCCGCCAGCAGGACAACCCACCCUGGGAGGUGUCGUCGUUGUUCCCUGCCAAUGUGGACAUUCUGUGCCUAGAGGAGGUGUUUGAUAAAAGGGCAGCAAAGAAGCUCACCAAAGCACUGAAACCAGUGUUUGGACACAUACUCUAUGAUGUUGGUGUUUAUGCCUGCCAGCCACCAUGCAGCUGUUCCUCUUUCAAGUUCUUCAACAGUGGCCUGUUUGUAGCAAGCCGAUUCCCUGUGCUAGAAGCCCAGUACCACUGGUUUCCAAACAGCCGUGGGGAAGACGCACUGGCUGCCAAGGGCCUCCUUUCUGCCAAGGUGCUAAUUGGGAAGAAUCGGAGACAGAAGAAAGUGGUUGGCUUUUUUAACUGCACACAUCUUCAUGCACCAGAAGGUGAAGGAGAAAUUCGCUGUGAGCAGUUAAACAUGGUAACCAAGUGGAUUGGUGAUUUUCAAGCAGCAAACAGACUGCCUGAUGAGGAUGUUGCUUUUGACGUGCUAUGUGGAGAUUUCAACUUUGAUAACUGCUCACCUGAUGACACCCUGGAACAGAAUCAUUGUUUGUUUGAGGAAUACAGAGACCCGUGCAGGGCAGGGCCUGGAAAAGAGAAGCCAUGGGUCAUAGGUACUCUGCUGGAGCAACCCACGCUCUAUGAAGAUGACAUAAACACAGCAGAAAAACUGCAAAGAGCUCUGGAGAGCGAGGAGCUGAGAAAGCGGUAUAUCUCCCCUCCUGUUCCUGCGAAGGGUUGUGAAAUGGUUUACCCUGAGGCUGACCAGCCAUGGAUCGGACGUCGAAUAGACUACAUUCUGUAUCGUGAAAGCUCCAUCUCAAAGCACUGUAGAACGGAAAUUGAAGAGGUGACCUUUGUUACCCAGCUGGCUGGCCUUACAGACCAUAUUCCUGUGGGCUUGAGACUAAAUGUGACUAUGGACUCUGACAGUGCUGAAGAACAAGGGCUAAAAUGAACUCAGAAUCAUAAAGGGAACAAAAUGUACUGAAACGUACACUGCUCUGAUCUAUACAGGCAUCACUAUGUCUGCUUUACAUACUUGAAUUUUGAUUCAAUGACAAUGUACAGAGACCAAUGAGAUGAUACCUCAAGACAUUCAAGUUUUACAAUGUUUACAAUUUUAUACGUAGAGGUGUGUCAAUGACAAUGGCAUUGAUUUUGUAAAAUAUAAAUAUAUUUGUAGGAUUUUUCAUUCAGAUUUUUUUCCUACAGAAAUAAAUUUUAAAUAAUUGAUUUGUA